AAAAUAUGCUAUAUAUUAAAGGCCAUUCAUCACCUGUUGCUGUUCGCUCCCCUCCUUCCUUUAUCUUUUCUUUACCUAGGAAUUAUGUCCGAAAAGUACGAGGACCAAUCUCAGGUUCUUGAUGCCGAACACAUCACUACUCCUGCUGUCUACGACCACACUGAAGAUGCCGUCGACGGUCCUGAACCCACCGAAGAAGAGUGGGCUUCCCUUCGUGAAAGUGCUGAUUCCAUUCCCGUUUCAGCCUUCUUGGUUAUCUUGAUUGAAUUCUGCGAACGUUUCACCUACUACGGUCUUACUGGUCCUUUCCAGAACUACAUUCAAAACCCUGCUCCUCCUUCUUACCCUGCUGAUGUGCCUGGUGCUCUCGGCCGUGGUCAACAAACUGCUACUGCUCUCAACACCUUCUUCCAGUUCUGGUGUUAUAUUACCCCUAUCUUUGGUGCUAUCGUUGCUGAUCAGUUCCUCGGAAAGUACCGUGCCAUUCUCAUCUUCAGUAUGAUUUACCUUGUUGGUCUUAUCAUCUUGACCACCACCUCCAUCCCUUCUGCCAUCGACAGUGGCGCUUCAUUCCCUGGUUUCGUUGUCUCUUUGAUUGUCAUCGGUUUCGGUACUGGUGGUAUCAAGGCCAACGUGUCUCCUCUUGUCGCUGAACAAUACCGCUCCAAGGUUCCUUUUGUCCGUACCCUCAAGUCUGGCGAGCGUGUCAUCGUUACUCCCCGUGCCACUUACCAAAAGAUUUUCAACAUGUUCUACUGGGGUAUCAACAUUGGUGGUCUUUCCGCCAUUGCUACCACUGAAAUGGAAAAGAACAUUGGUUUCUGGUCUGCUUACCUUUUGCCCACCUGUAUGUUCGUUCCCGCCAUCAUUGUUGUUGUCAUGGGCCGCAAGCGUUAUAUCCAAAACCCUCCUCGUGGUUCUAUCUUCGUCGAAGCUGGUCGUCUUUUCCGUCUUUCAUGGCAAGUUAAGGGUGGUUUGGAUGCUUGCAAGCCUUCCCGUUUGGAAGUUGAUCACCCCGACAAGAUGGCCAAUGUUACCUGGGAUGAUAUCUUUGUUGAUGAAUUGAAGCGUGCCUUGAAGGCUUGCACUGUCUUCUGCUGGUUCCCUAUCUACUGGCUUUGCUAUUCUCAAAUGACCACCAACUUGGUUUCCCAGGCUGCUACCAUGUGGACCGGUAACGUUCCCAACGAUAUUAUGCAAAACAUUGAUCCUCUUGUUUUGAUCAUUACCAUUCCCUUGAUGGAUCGUCUUGUCUACCCUGGUCUCCGUCGCAUUGGUAUCCCCAUGGGUCCCAUUUUCCGUAUCACCCUUGGUUUCAUCUUCGCUUCCGCUGGUUUGGCUUACACCGCUGGUAUCCAAUCUUUGAUCUACAAGAAGCAACCCGAGUUGAUCUCUGCCGGUAUCCAAAUUCCUUCCUACAUUUUCAUUGCCAUUUCUGAAAUUUUCGCUUCCAUCACUGGUCUCGAAUAUGCCUACAAGAAGGCUCCUGAAUCCAUGAAGUCUCUCGUCAUGGCCAUCUUCUUGUUCAUGAACUGCUUCGGUUCCGUCCUCCAAUUCGCUCUUGUCUCCGUCACCGUUGACCCCAAGCUUACCUGGAUGUACACUGGUAUCUCUGCCGCUAUGGGUAUCUGUGCUCCUCUCUUCUGGAUCUGCCAUCACAAGGCUGAUGCCACCGAUAUUGAAGAAGAUGCCAUUGUCCGUCGUGGUGAGCAAGAGGAUGCCUACAUGGCCCACAAGCCCACUAUCGCUGAGUACGAGAAGGACCUCAAGCAGGAAGCUUAAACUAUAAUUAAUUCUUACCUCAACUCUUGUUUGAUAUGUAUUCAUCUAUAACUGCUUUGUAAUAACAUGUACGAUGACUGCGUCAUCUGCCUAUAAAAAUUAGACUACUCU